AGCAGAAAUAAUACAGCGACAGCCAGAUAACAUUAAUUUCCCGCGAAUUUGGGAGCCAGUCGAAGAAAAUUUAGAAACACCUAUUAUUUAUCAAUUAAGGCAGUUUUGUAAGUGACAGAUCAUGUCGGAAAAGGAGAAAUCAAGUCCAAAUCUUCCCUGGGUAGAGAAGUACAGGCCAAAUAAUUUGGAUGAUCUUAUCUCUCACCAGGACAUCAUUUCAACUAUAAACAAGUUUGUAUCACAGAAUCGUCUGCCACAUUUACUGUUCUAUGGACCACCGGGUACUGGGAAAACCAGCACCAUUCUGGCUGUAGCAAAACAGAUGUAUACUCCUUCUGAGUUUCAUUCGAUGGUCCUUGAGUUAAAUGCAUCAGAUGAUAGAGGUAUAGGUAUUGUUCGAGGACAGAUUCUGAGUUUUGCCAGCACUAGGACAAUCUUCAAGAAGGGGUUUAAACUUGUGAUAUUAGAUGAGGCUGAUGCAAUGACCAGAGAUGCCCAGAACUCCCUUAGGAGAGUGAUAGAGAAGUUUACAGAUAAUGUCCGGUUUUGUAUAAUCUGUAAUUACCUGUCAAAGAUUAUACCAGCGUUACAAUCUAGAUGUACAAGGUUCCGGUUUGCUCCUCUGUCUACCGAACAGAUGGUACCGAGGCUCGAACAUGUUAUCAGAGCUGAAGGAGUAAAUAUAUCACCGGAUGGAAUGCAAGCUGUGGUUACACUGGCCAACGGUGAUAUGAGGAAAUCUCUAAAUAUAUUACAGAGUUGUUUCAUGGCAUAUGAUGAGAUCAGUGAAGAUAGUGUGUAUAUGUGUGUAGGACAUCCUCUACGGAAAGACAUUGAAAAUAUAAUGUACUGGAUAUUGAAUGAAAACUUUACCACUGCUUAUAACAAUUUAAUGAAUUUAAAAACAGCAAAGGGAUUGGCAUUACAAGAUAUUUUAACAGAAGUUCAUCAGUAUGUUCAUAAAGUGGAUUUGCCAAUGCAUGUUCGACUUCACCUCCUUGAGAAAAUGGCUGAAGUAGAAUACAGGCUGUCAUCAGGAACAAAUGAGAAGAUACAGUUAAGCUCACUAAUAGCAGCAUUUCAAGUAACUCGAGAUAUGAUCGUGGAGGAAGCCAAAUGAUCUGUGAACAAUGUUUGAUAUUUUAAAAUGCCUGUGAAGAUUUGAAAUAUUUGACUUGCCUGUACCAUCAGGAUACUGUAGGGUUAGGUUCUACA